GUCUGACACGAGAGAGGAGCAGAGGGGCUGAACAGCUGACCACAUCGCGUAAAACCACAAGGGAUGGAAACAUCUGAGAUCUUUUUAUGCGUGUACCUAACCUCACACAACCUCUACACCAUCCUCCUCAUCGCGUGGCUCUACACCUGCGGGAUACCAACAGAAACCUCCAACUAUGGAUUGCUUAAUUGAAGUUGGGCCACCUGAUCCUGUUUGCGCCAGGACGACCGAGCGAAAGUAGAUCAACAGAAGUCGUUAUGGACAAUUGUGCAACUCGUGCAUUUCCUGCUCGUAGAACGGGUGUCAAACGCGCUAUUUCAAUCUCUGUUUACCACAUCUAUUUGUGCGUAAAGGACAAAACGGCUCUAUUCAACGCUACCUGAAAAACGCUGCACUAUGUUUUAGGAAUAGUAGUAGCUGUAGUUAGAAUAGAGCUUGUGGGACUGCUUUUUUCUGCCAGCUUUUAUGUGAGAGUAGCGAUCAGCUUUUAUUGUGCGCAUACCCAUUGUGCCCUGCAGAUUAGCCGCUCCGUUGGUGGGUCCACAGCAGCAGGACCUGCAAGCUUUCACAGGCAAUAGCAAACAAACACUGUGAAGGGUCCCCCUGAAAACCCCUGUCAUUUGGACUUACACCACAACUGAAAUAUUUUUUUUUAAAACUGCACAGGUGAGAAAGAAGUAAGCCAUGGCUCUACCAGAUGGGGGUAUAUCUGGGGAGGAGGUCCCCUUCCCAGAGAUUAUAGAGCUCAAUGUUGGAGGCCAGGUGUAUAUAACCCGCUAUUCUACCCUCACAAGUGUGCCAGACUCUCUGCUAUGGGAGAUGUUCAGUCGAAAGUCGGUCAAAGGACUGGCCAGAGACACCAAAGGCCGCUUCUUUGUGGACCGUGAUGGUUUCCUGUUCCGGUACAUCCUGGACUUCAUGCGGGACCAGCAGCUGGUUCUUCCUGAUCACUUCCCAGAGCGUGGGCGUCUGCAGAGGGAGGCUGAAUUCUUCAACCUGCCAGACCUUGUCAAGCUGCUGGCGCCCAAAAUCAGCAAGCAAAACUCCCUUGGUGAAGAGGGAUGUCAGAGCGACCCAGAAGACUCCUCACCUGGGAUUGACACGACCCGUAACCUCGGCUCCCUGGGUGCUGCUGCUGCUGCCUGUGCCAGCCUGGUGCCCAGUGCCAUGGAUGGCAAACGGUCCGGGUUCAUCACUAUUGGCUACCGAGGCUCAUACACACUUGGCCGUGACAGCCACACUGAUGCCAAAUUCCGACGGGUGGCACGGAUCAUGGUGUGUGGCAAGACCUCCCUGGCCAAAGAGGUGUUCGGGGAGACCCUGAACGAGAGCCGUGACCCAGACCGCCCCCCAGAGAGAUACACAUCCCGCUACUAUCUGAAGUUUACCUUUCUGGAGCAGGCCUUUGACAAGCUGGCUGAUGCAGGCUUCCACAUGGUGGCCUGUAACUCCACAGGAACCUGCGCCUUCGCCCAUGAGCAGACGGACGACAAGAUCUGGACCAGCUACACUGAAUAUGUGUUCUACCGUGGUUCAUCAGUGAUUUCCAAGGCGAUGACCUCUGACCCCUCAGCUCCCUCUGAAGUGACAACCUCUAAAACUGAUUCCGCCACAGCCGAGCACAGCAGCACAGCCAGGACCAAUAGCCUUCCAGAAAAAAAAGGCAUCCUAACUCUUGACUUACGAAACCCGCAGCCCCCGGGCACUACCCCUCCUCUUACACCUCCUCUUCCUCCUCCACCUCAUCUAGACAGCCCCGAUUUUCCACCUCUGUCAUCUCCAUUCCUGUCUCCACAUCUGCUAUCAUCCAAACAUAUUUCUACCUCCAGCCCCUUAACACCUCCUCCAGCUGAGAGCCCCCCCCAUCCGCCAACCUUAACCUAAAGACGCUGCCACGGCUCACCGUCAGGGAGAACGGUGGCCCCCCGCCGGCGAUGGAUGACGAAGAGGAGGAGAGGAAGUUGCUGGAGGAUGAUCUGAAGAAAUGCAUCGAUGAUUUCAAGAAGAUCCGCUUGCCCAGACAGUUUCCGGAUCGCAAGAGGCACUGGCAGAGUGACCUGCUCAAGAAGUACAAUGCAUAGAGCGCUGUGCUGCAGCAACAACAAACGUGACAAAGAUUUUACAACAAUGCUGUGAGCGGUUGGCUCUAGAUUUGUAUUCCUUUUGCUCUGGGUCAGAAAAUGUACUCAAACCUUUAAAUGUAUUAGCUUUUGCAUGACAACAGAAGUGAAUUGUCUGAUUAAGUGUAGUGCUUAGACUGAGCGGGAAGACAUAAACCAUUAAACACUGACAUUUCCCAUCAUAGAAAAAACAACAUCCCUGUAGAAGUCUGUAGUUACACAUAGUUAUUCACACAGCCGUUUGGAGAAGGAAAAAAGUUGUUUUAAUUUUGCUCAAUCAACGAAUGAAUUGUAAUGUCUGUAAUUUGAGAUUUCUGCCCUGCUCUCUCUACUGUAUCCACUGAUCAAGCAGCUGGAAAAUGUAAGCUAAGUGUGAAAUGCAUUUUAGGCUUUUGACCUUGCUGAUGCAAAAUAAAAGAAAGAAGUGAA